AUGUCAGAAUUUGGGGAGACCCCUGACACAAGACUAGCAAUUGCUCAGACACUAAAUAUUGAACAUAUCGGAACACAAGAAAAAUACCUGGGGCUGCCCUCUAUAGUUCAAAAAUCAAAGAAAGCAACCUUUGGAGCUAUCAAGGAUAAAGUUCAGAAGAGGAUUAUGGGUUGGAAAAGAAGUCUAUUGUCAUCAGGUGGCAGGCACACGCUAUUGAGAGCGGUGGGAGAGGCGAUUCCUAAUUAUACACUCUCUUGUUUCAAGCUCCCGGACACGCUGUUGGCUGAGAUUCAUAGCAUGCUCUUGCAAUUUUGGUGGGGUCAAAAAGGCGCAGAACGAAGAAUAGUUUGGAUUAAAUGGGACACAAUGAUGAGACCGAAGAAAGAUGGAGGGCUGAGGAUCAAGGACCUAAGGGUGCAAAAUUUGGCUUUAUUGGGCAAGCAAUGUUGGCGUCUAAUGAAAUACCCUAAUUCUACUCUAUCAAGAAUGCUCAAAGCUAAAUAUUUCAGAAAUACAGAUUUUCUACAUGCAGAGAUAGGAAGUGUACCAUCGUAG